GAGGUGAACUACAUCAGACGUGUAUUUAGGGAAAGCCGUCCUUCCUUAAAUUGCUCAUGACUUCAGAUAUUUGUAGAGGAUCAUAUUUGGCAAUUGCAACUUCCCCUCUUAUCCAGAUGUCUUGCUUUUGUCAGCUGGUCUUGAGGUUGCAUUCAUUCUCAGAGCAAUUUUAUUUUCAUUUUUUUUAAUGCAUUGACAGAUGUGAUUUCAUGUUGCAUUGCACUGAGGAUUGAUUUCACAUGUUGCAGUAGCCCGUUUUGUAAAGUAGCAAUGAAAUUUAACUUGUGGCUGUCUUAUUGUUAGCUAUAGCUCGUAUUGUGGUUGUGAAAUGCUGUCCAUUCUGAGUCUAUGCAGGUUGCUUUGAAUGUUGAAUGUACUAGAGUGUCUUUUCCAGGUCAAAGGUAACUGUAGACUGAUAAGUUGUACAGAACAUUGAGGGAGAAAUUGAACCUGCAAGGGUUACUUUAGGUCAAAGGUAUUACAGUUCAAAAGACUGACUCAUGCUUUCAAGGGAACGAACUGAUCUGCGGCGUGGUAGGAUGUUGAGAGAAUCAACAGUGCAGAUGAGUUUCUGCUCUUCAUCGCUACAAGGUAGAAAGUCACAGCAUUUAGAGAUUUUCAUCUAUUGUUUUCCCUUGAUGAAGCAGCCUUAUGGUUUCAUGGACUUUAGCCCUUGGUUUGCCUGGCCGAAGUGUUGGGAAUGACCUGCGGCUGAUGCAACACAUCUGAUGCAGCUGUGGGACAGUUGCGAGCAAGAGCAGCACGACACCCCAUGAACGCAGACAACACCUGUUGAUUAAAACCAGGCAGCACACGGGGACUGCAAAUUGACCUGUGAUGUCCUGGAGACUUCUUAAAGCCAAUUAGCUGCUGCUGCGGCACUUGCCAUGGGAAUAAAGAGACUUAAGCUGAUUCCUUUAACUGAUGCUAGACAACCUAGGAGAACCCUGUCACCAUUAACAAGCGUUUCUUCAAUCUCUAUGACAUGGAAAAGCACAGCGUUGAUGGUCCAGUGUUUAUAACAAAAGCUGACCAACGUUUACCCAGAAGUCUUUGCUGCUAUAAGCCCCUAUAUGUGGACAGGAAGCGUCACUGAGAGUAGAGAUGUCGAGCCAACAGAUAGACUGUGUACAGCAAACAAGCUCACAAAGAGGUGUCCAGUAGGCACGAAGCUUAGAGUUCACCUCUUCAGUCGGCAGAAGAGGGAUCAUUUUCACAGUGAUUGUGGGGAAAGGUUUUCUACUCGUGGAGACAAAUUGGAGGAUUUCAUUUUCCUGGGCCUCUCGCUGUGAGACUGCCUGACCUGCAGUUGGACACCCGCUGACCGCAUCUGACAGCCAAAGCAGCGUGUGUUUUCCUGAGAGCCGAGGGCAAGAUGGCCUACCAAUAACAAGACAUCACUUCAGGGGCGUGGAGUCUUCGUUAUGACAAGCUGCUGUGCAGAAGAUGUCCACCCUUACUACGGCUGAUAUCACAGAUGUUGGUCAUGGGGACGGUAAGGUGUUUGAUGGAGAUGACAAACUGCAGCUCGACGGCUUGGGCGAGGACAGCCUCUCCUCAGAAAUGAAGCGCGAGAUCCAGCUCGUCUCUCUCGGCCCCCCGGCCCCCUUCUCCGACGCCGCUGGGGAGCUGCCCGCCUCACUGGUCAUGGAACCCCGUGACAUCAAAGGCGACCCCGCAGCGGACCCGCCACCAGCUCACGCAGAGGGUCAGCCGGUGAAGAGGAAGAAGGGCCCGGCGCCAAAGAUGCUGGGCAACGAGGUGUGCAGCGUGUGCGGCGACAAGGCCUCGGGCUUCCACUACAACGUGCUGAGCUGCGAGGGCUGCAAGGGCUUCUUCCGCCGCAGCGUCAUCAAGGGCGCGCAGUACGCCUGCAAGAACAGCGGCCGCUGCGAGAUGGACAUGUACAUGCGCCGCAAGUGCCAACAGUGCCGCCUGCGCAAGUGCCGUGAGGCCGGCAUGCUCGAGCAGUGCGUUCUGUCUGAGGAGCAGAUCCGCGUGAAGAAGAUGAAGAAGCAGGACGAGGAGACGGCGCGCACCUCCGCGGUGGUCACGCCCAACCCCGUCCCCGAGGUGCCCCCUCUGGCGCCCGAGCAGCAGGAGAUGAUCGAGAAGCUGGUGGCCAUGCAGAAGCAGUGCAACAAGCGCUCCUUCCUGGAACGGCCCAAAGUCACUCCGUGGCCUCAGAGUCAGGACCCGCUGAACCGGGAGGUCCGGCAGCAGCGCUUCGCCCACUUCACCGAGCUGGCCAUCAUGUCCGUGCAAGAGAUAGUGGACUUUGCCAAGCAGCUGCCGGGCUUCCUGGAGCUGACCCGGGAGGACCAAAUCGCCUUGCUGAAGACCUCCACCAUUGAGAUCAUGCUGCUAGAAACGUCACGGCGAUACGACCCCGCCCUGGAGAGCAUCACCUUCCUGAAGGAUUUCAGCUACAACAAGGACGACUUUGCCAAAGCAGGUCUACAGUUUGAGUUCAUCAACCCCAUUUUUGAGUUCUCAAAGGGCAUGAAUGAUCUCCAUCUGGAUGAAGCUGAAUAUGCUCUACUCAUUGCUAUCAACAUCUUCUCUGCAGACCGGCCCAACGUGCAGGACCACGAUUUAGUGGAGAGGCUCCAACAGCCGUAUGUAGACUUGCUGCAUUCAUACAUCAGGAUUAAGAGACCAGCGGACCACCUGAUGUUCCCGCGCAUGCUGAUGAAGCUGGUCAGCCUGCGGACCCUCAGCAGCGUCCACUCAGAGCAGGUUUUUGCCCUGCGCCUCCAGGACAAGAAACUGCCGCCACUGCUCUCCGAGAUCUGGGACGUCCACGAAUGAACGGUGGUGGUCACUUACGCUCGGUCGAAGAGUGGGGCUCCCCGUAAGACUGAACUCUGGGUGUGGAGAGUGGGCACCCGUACUAAAGGUGUCUCCUGGGCCACUGCUGACUACUCUGUCGUCAAUAUAGGUUGAAGGAGUUGGUUUUGUACCAUCUUUCUUUUUUCCCUUUUUCUUCUUCUUCUUCUUCUCCUUCUUUCUUGCCCCCUUGUGUUCAGGACGGAGACAUAUCCCACAGAUGGAUAUUUCCUUUGUGUGGUAGAAAUAUGGGAUCGCAAGUAUCACAGGGAGACGCCGACCUGUUUGGAAACUCGUCUCCCGAAUGUGAAUGGCCCAGCCCACUGAGGGAACCCAGGGAUUGUGGUGGUGCCAGAUGUUUUUUGAGCUUGACUUGACUCGACCCGAGGUUAGCGACUGUUAAUGAUAUGUACACAGUUGUUUUUGUGUGCUUUUUACUCCCCGUUUUAAUUGUCAAAAGAAGCUUCAAGCAGGUCUUGUCAGUGGUUUCCCUGUUCCAAACCACAGCAUGGGUAUGAUGUCUCCACGUGAAUUCUAGCGGUUCUGGCUCCAUGUUCUAAUGGGGUCCUAAACUGGCCAGCUGUCGGGUUCCCUACAUACGAGAUUGUAGGUGAGACUUCCAACAGUGUCAGUCAUGGCCCUGUUUUUACUACUUACUAAAGGAACUCACAGUGCUAUGCCACUGUUGAGAGAAAAAAAAAGAAGAAAAAAAAGAUUCUGUAUGGAUUUGAGGAGUAGGGCGACUUAGAUGUUUGUUUGAACUUGUUUCCUGCAUGGUUCUUCAUGCAUAUACAAUACAAUCCAUUAGUCUUCGUUUGUGAAAAACACAAUACAAUCAAUAUUGCACAACUACUUAUGCAUUGGUUUGGGUUACUGAAUGAUUAUACACACACACACACAAGCUGCUCAGAGCCCAGGAGCUACUGUACGCCUUGAAGUGGUGAUCCCAUCACACUGACUCGCGACAGCUCAGUAGAGCAUAGACAGCAGCAGAGAGCAUUCGGCAGAGAUGUAUUUUAAUCAAUGUUUACAUAACCAACCACCUCUUUGUCUCCAUCCAGUGUAUGCGUUCAUUUUGAUCAGGAGUUUCCUAAGUUAGGCGCUUCUCCAGCGUGGCAAUUAUUGUGCAAAUUGAUUUGCUUGAGAAUCAAUGAUUAACUGUCAUGUCUUCUACACAGUCAGAACAGUAGGUUUAGGUGUGUGUGUCUGGUGUCUGGUAUCAUCCAUCAGCCGUCAUUUGACUUAUUAAUAUCCUGAUAUUAACAACAUAGCACAGCAACUGUCAACAAUCUGGUGAAAUAUGAUGGCGAUAAAUUUACCCUUGCAUAUCGAAUGCUUUGCUAACAGCAGAAAAUAGCAGAACUUUUUUUUUUUGUUUUGUGUUAAAUGAAAUGCUAUUGUUCCAGAUUACAUCUUGCCAUAGUUGGAAGUAAUGAAAAUCGAGUCAAAUAAUAAGUAUAUUUAUUACUGUAUAAAGGAGCAAAGUGUUGUGGAGUCCCACUGGUGAGCCAUAGUAAACGUGAGUUUGUACAUAGCCUUAGUUCUCAAAGAAUGAGAAUAAUGUACUAAUCGCAGCAGGAGUAUAAUUCACAUCUCCGCUGAACUGGGAAUCAGCUGACUUUACAUCAAAGCGUCAUCAUCUUAGCGCUCCUAGUCCUCCGAAUAUUCGAACCUUGGGCAUAACUUUGGGAAUUGCACUUUUUUUUUUACAGUACAGUGUGUGGGAACGUGAGGCAUUUAUUCAUGAAUCUGUGUCAAUUUUUUUUGUCUUUGUCUUCUUGUGUUUGCAACAUGCCUCUGCUUCUUGCAUCUUCUCUGACCCCCUGAUUAAAAGGUGUUGUGAUCUAGAAAGUAAUAAGUACAGAUACAGAUGUCUUCUGGUGUUGUCUGUUCCUCACUUUAAACAACUGGAAGAGAAGAUCUGUAUCGGUUGAUAACAUCUCUGAACAGUGUUUCAGGCGACUGAAGAGCUCACUGGUCAGAUGGAUCAUUUAAAAAUAACAGUGCAUGCUACUCUUCUUGAACUGCAUUUGCCUUUGGCUUGGUUGGUUGAACAGACGCUCUUAUUUGGUGUGACGCAGUGGGUGUUGUUGGUUGAUGAACCAGUAAAUUCAAAAUUCUGAAUGCUGACAAACAGAUUUUUUUACCUCUACACUCAGUCACGAGCGAGUCACUACAUGAACAUUUCAGAACAGACUGACCCACCUACACUCAGUCAGAUUGGCACAGAUGUCAAUGGCAGCAUAGUGAGGAGGGAUUGAGCAAUCAGUGGGAGGUCAGGAACGCAACAGUACAAAACUCUGAUCUGACCUCACAUAGCCUCCACAGCAACGGACUUUGAGGUCAUUCCUAUCAUAAACGUUCCUUGUAGGUAGACUGACUGCAGUGACUUUCUUGUGGACAGUAAGGUUGCCCUUAUGGUCGUCAGGAGUGUUUUGCGGUUGUACAUGGUAAUCAAAUCAGAUUCUAAGAGGCUCUGUUAUGAUUUAGUAUCUGUCCAUUUACCCACAGUCAUUCACUGCACACCUAACCAAAGGUGCAGACCGUACAGGACAGUCCUGUCAUGUUAGUAGUUGCAAGCAUCAACCCAUGUCCUUAUUAUAGGAGUUUCUGCAGGUACAGAUCUCUCUUUCCUUAAAACCUCACUAAUUAAAAAAAAAAAACAUUUUCAAGGAUAUAUUCUUAAAUCAUUUUAGCCAUGGUUUAAAUGUGUGGAAAUCUACACCAGUUUUUGUGCUUAAAUAUCAGGUCACACAAGAGACCUAAGAUCUGCAGUACAAAACCCAGUAACCCCAAUGUAACAUUCAACAUUGUUUGGUUUAAAUGUAACUUUUUUUUUUAUUGAAAUGUUGUUUUUAUCUCAAGUUCUGUACUGUACUAAUCCACUUAUACUGCAGUCAUUUUGUCAUACUUGACUAAUGAUUCAAAUCCAGGUUAAUGGCGGUCCUUUUUUGCACAGCCAAAAGAAAAGAAGAAAAAAAAAAUCAAGAAUUGUGAUCAAAGUAAUGUUUCCAGUAUCUAAUUGUGAUCCACGUCAUUGAAUUGAUAUGUUGUGUUGCUUAACAUGGAAAUUUAAUUUUCAUUUGCUAAUAGUUAAUAAAAUGUUGAUUGUAAUGAUUUAUCAUCUAUUUAUACACCCUGCUGUGUAGAGCCUCUAUUCUAAUGCAUUUAACUCUCAUGGUCUGGCAUCAAACGAUGUGGGCAAAGAGAUGCAAAUUUGUGUUAACGCCUUAAGUCCUUGGAUACACUGCUUUAUAUGUAUAAAUUAAAAGCCGAAAAAAAUAUAUAUUGUUCUGCCAGAGUAUAUAUUUGUUUGUUUAAACGCUGAAAGACGUAGGAGACUAAGUACAUCUAUUAUUCUUUUUACAGAAAUAUACUGGAUUGAAAUGUGAAACUAA